AUGCGGUUGCUCGGCGCGGCCAGCGCAAUGCUGGCCAUCGUUCACAGCGCACUCGCUCAGGACCCAAUCGAGAACUUCUCCUUCGGGCACAAAGGAGGCAGCAUAAGUCCCAGCUCGUUCACAAUACCAGGCUUCUCGUUAUUAGGGGUAGAGUACAUGCCGCAACUGCUCUCGGACAAAGUCGUAAUGACACCGCCGUUCGGCGGCAACAAGAGAGGCGCUCUUUGGACAGAGAACAAGAACACACUACCCGACUGGAAAGCCGACUUCCGCUUCCGCGUGGCUGUGACCGACCAAGGCAGCGGCUCCCUCCAACUCUGGUACGCUGCAGAUGGCAAGGACAAAGUGGGCACCGCCAGCGUGGCUUCUGUCUCGCGCUUCGACGGCUUGGCUAUCCUCAUCGAUACCGUCAACGGGAAGCAAAAGAUCCGAGGCUUCCUAAACGACGGCUCUAAAGACUACAAAUCCGAAGCCAAUAUCGAUGCUCUCGCCUUCGGCCACUGCGACUACACAUACCGCAACCGCGGUGACCCCUCAGUGCUGACCAUCAAGUCUUCCUCUCUCGGCGGCCUCGACGUCUCAAUCGAUGGCCAACCCUGCUUUUCCACCGAAUCCAUUCGCCUGCCUCCCGACUACCACUUUGGCAUGACCGCCUCCUCCGGCGACCCACCAGACUCCUUCGAGAACGCCAAUCAACAUCAGCAAAAGCAACCAGCAUCACCGCCAGAUACCGGCAGCAUGGCCCCACCCGCAUCACAAAACCUCGCAGCCCUAGAAUCCCGCCUCGACAAAAUGCAAUCUCUAUUAGACAAAACAAGCACUAACAUCGGCACCCAGUUCGAGCAACUCUUCGCCAAACUCAACGCUCCCAUCGAACCCUCCCCAAACUCUCGCUCCAAUCCGCCCACCCAAGCCCAGAUCGCCACUUUGGACGCCCGCAUCAACGACCUCGCCAACACCAUCCGCAGCCUCGAAAAGGAGCUCAAAGCAGGAGACCACAGCAAGCAAUUCGAAAAGCUGUCAGCGGCGGUUGGAGAGGUUCACAAGGGGGUGAUCGAUCACGUGCCGGGAAAGAUGCGGGAGUACAUGAUUGCUCACACGCCACGGAUUGGUUUUAUUCUGUAUAGUUUUAUGGCUUUUCAGUGCUGUUGCGCGGCGGCGUGGGGUUGGUAUCGGUGGCGGAAGGGGACGAUGCCGAAGAAAUAUUUGUGA